GGGAGGGAGAGGGAGGAUGUCGGACUGGGGGUCGGUGGUGAUCGCGGUGGUGCUGUUCGUGCUGCUGUCGCCGGGGCUGCUGCUGCAGCUGCCCGGGAAGCACCACUUCGUGGAGUUCGGCAACAUGCACACCAGCGCCAUGGCCAUCCUCGUCCACGCCAUCAUCUACUUCGCCCUCAUCGCGCUCUUCGUCAUCAUCAUCGGCGUGCACAUCACCACUGACUAGACACCGGCUGAGCUCCAUCACCCCGGCCGGCCAGCUCCAAUUAAGCUGCUCUUCCUUUUUCUUUUUUUCAUCCAUCUGACUCCCGCCUCUCUGUUUUGUUUUGUUCUGGUCUUGCUGCUUGCAAGUACUUGUAGUAGUGUAUGUGAUCAUGUUCGUUUGUUGUCCUUGGUAAUUAAACUCGCGCGUAUGUAGCUGCCUUAUUAAUAAAGAGAUGUGUACUUAAUUUUC